AUGGGUAAGUAUUCCACAUUAGCGAAGCGCUUUUGGCGCAAAUGGACCACACGCGAUGGCCUCUUGGGCGACUACGACUACGGCUACCUUUUCAUUCCUGAUGUGCCGUUCAAAAAGGGCCAGCCCAAGACACAGCCAUUUUUCGGCCUCAACCUGAGCAUGCCCUUGAUUUUGGGUGCUAUUUUGGGAUUCCAGCACUCCUUGGCGAUGCUUGCCGGUGUCAUCACCCCUCCCAUGUUGAUCUCCACCGCCGCCAGCUUGAGUAACGAAAUCAAGGAAUAUCUCAUCUCCACAUCGCUUAUUUGCGCUGGCCUUCUUUCUUGCAUCCAAAUCACAAGAUUCCACAUUUACAAGACGCCUUACUACAUCGGCACGGGUUUGCUUUCGGUGGUUGGCACGUCUUUUGCAACAAUCACCAUUUGCACCAAGGCCAUGCCGAUGAUGUACAAGAACGGCUUCUGUCCAAUGGACGGCGAUGAAAAAUUGCCCUGUCCCGAUGGAUACGGCCGUAUUAUUGCCACCGGUACCGUUUGCGCCUUGUUUGAGAUUUUGCUUUCUUUUGCGCCUUCCAACGUGCUCCAGAAGGUAUUUCCACCUCUUGUGACUGGUCCCGUGGUGCUUCUCAUUGGUGUCCAUUUAGUGGAAACCGGUUUCCAAAACUGGAUGGGCGGCUCAGACUGUGUGGGUGAGACUUGUGGCACUGCCAAACCGUUGGAGUGGGGUUCGCCUCAGUUUGCUGGAUUGGGCUUCUUGGUCUAUUUCACCAUUAUUCUUUCCGAAAGAUUUGGGUCCCCCAUCAUGAAAUCCUGUGCCGUUAUUAUGGGGUUGCUUGUGGGCUGCAUUGUCGCUGCCGCUUGUGGAUACUUCUCUUCUGAGAAUAUUGACUCUGCUCCGGCCGCUACUUUCCCAUGGGUGCACACAUUCAAACUCGAGGUUUACGGCCCCGCAGUUUUGCCUUUCUUUGCUGGAUACAUUGUGCUUAUUAUGGAGGCUAUUGGCGAUAUAACAGCCACCUGUGAUGUUUCUAGAUUGGAAGUGGAAGGCGAUAUGUACGAGUCCAGAAUCCAAGGCGGGAUCCUUGCAGACGGAUGCAACUCAGUCAUCGCUGGUCUCAUGACUAUGACGCCUGUUUCCACAUUUGCUCAAAAUAACGGUGUUAUUUCCGUGACAAAGUGUGCCAACAGAAAGGUCGGAUACUGGUGUGCGUUCUUCCUUGUGGUGAUGGGUAUCUUUUCCAAAUUCGCUGCAGCCAUUGUGUCCAUUCCAAACACGGUUUUGGGCGGUAUGACAUGCUUUUUGUUUUCUUCUGUGGCCGUUUCCGGUAUCAAGAUUAUCUCCACCACGGAGUUCACAAGAAGAGACCGUUUCGUCUUGACUGCGGCAUUGGUACCCGGAAUUGGCUCGGUUUUGGUACCAGACUGGUUUGAUAAUAUUUUCACUUACUCUGGCGACAACACGGCGUUGAUGGGUUUCUUUGACGCCAUUACGUUGGUGAUGGAAACUGGCUUUGCCAUCACCGGCUUCAUUGGACUUAUUCUCAACUUGAUUAUUCCACAGGUGGACGACGAGAUGGAGGAGCUCAACGAGGUUGUGUUGGAGACCGUGGGACUGGCUACCGAGGAAGCUUUAGAGGUGUACAAGCUGAGAGAACAGGUGUUUGUGAAUCCCAAGGCAGAGGCAGAGGCCGAACUGAACUCCAGCGAGGUGAAUAAGUAA